UUUCCUUUGUCCUCUAUCCCUAAGCGUUCCUACAAAGAACUACUAGUAUUUUUUAUAAAACUUUUGCAGAGUUUUAUAAAAAGUACUAGUAGUCAAGCCACCUUUCCUUAAGCAUUUGAGUAUAGUAACUCACUAAAACUAUAGUUUUAUUAAUAUUUAAGCCAAGAAAGUAGGAGUUUAUUGAUACAAAGAAGGCAGAAAUCAUUCCACACCAUGUCAGCGGAGUCGCCGCGGCACGCUCGCUCUGGCGGGCCUUUAAUUGUGCCCUCACAGCCUCCGAGCGACCGUAGCAUCAUCGACGCGGUCUCCGGGUUCAUUAAUGACGUUACACUCUCUUCUUCAUCCACUGUUGAUCCAAGGGACGUUAUACAGUGGGCAAGGUUCGAAACAGCAGAUAUAAAUGAACCUACACCUGAAGGAGAUAGUGAUAAUGAUGUACCACCAUUGCUCCUAAUACUUGGCUAUGGUUCCGGGGUGCAAGUUUGGCUCAUAAAUCCUACGGGGGCGGCUCAAGAGGUAUUAUCGUGGAGACAAGGUCAAGUGAGGGUGCUCCGUAUACUGCCCACUCCGCAGCACGGCGACUGCUUCGCUUCGAAGCGUCCCCUCAUUGCAUUAUGUGAUUCUGCGAGCCCUGGACCUCCUUUCUGCUCAUUGAGUUUUAUAUCCAUAAGAGGUGGUGAGCAGGUGAAGAACAUAAAAUUCAAGAAUCCAGUCUUAGACGUGUUAGCGAACAAGCGUUCCUUGGUUGUAUCAUUUUCUGAACGGUUCGCUGUGUUCGACGCGGCCACUUUAGAGGAUCGUCUCGCUAUAACCACCUGUUACCCGUGUCCUUGUCCACUGGGUGGGACUGCUCCUAACAACCCACUGGCACUGGGGGACCGCUGGCUGGCGUAUGCUGAUAAGAAACUUAAUCCUUCCAAACGUAGCAGUGGGGGUUGUGAAAGUGAAGGUGUUACAAGCUACACAGCGACGGUCCUUCACGCCGCAAAAUCUCUUAGUAAAGGCUUACGUGGCCUUGGCGAGAGUGUGGCCCACAGUUUAGCCGGUGGACGCAGUACGUCACAGUCGCCUUCGCCACCAAACGCCGAUCUUCAGCAGCCGGGCGUCGUCACCAUAUUGGACAUUGAGGAUAACGAAGAUGAGGACAAUCAGGACUGCGAAGAUCCUUGCGACCCGAUCGUCGCUCAUUUCAUAGCUCACUCAGAGGCUAUUAUCGCUCUGAAGUUUGAUCCUAGUGGCAUGUUGUUGGUCACAGCGGAUAGGCGUGGACACGAUUUUCACGUAUUCCGUAUUAACCCUCAUCCUUGUGGACCCAGCCUUGCGUCUGUUCACCACUUGUAUAUAUUGCACAGAGGAGAUACAACCGCCAAAGUGCAGGAUAUAGCGAUCUCGGGCGACUCCCGCUGGGCGGCAGUGUCGACGCUGCGCGGCACGACGCACGUGUUCGCGCUCAGCGCGUACGGGGGCGCGUGCGGCGUGCGCACGCACACGGCCCCGCGCGUCGUCAACCGCCUGUCGCGCUUCCACCGCUCCGCCGGCCUGCCCAUACACGCGCAGCCCGCUGCGCACAGCCCCGUGCUGGAUGGUGCGGGUCCCGGUGCCUGGUUUCCUAAUCCUCGGCUGCCGCCCUACCCGCUACCGCACACCACAAUCCCGCUGGCGCAGUUGCGCCCGACGCACCUACCCACGCACACCAUCACACGCACUAGCUCAGGUCGCCAGCGGCUGUCGUCAUUGUCCGAGGAGAGCGGAGCAGCGCCGCUGCUGGCGCGCGCUUGCUUCGGUGUGAGCGGGACCGCCGGCCGCGCCGCCUCCGUGCCGCUGUACCUCGUGGCGGCCAGCGGCACGCUGCUGCACCUGGCGCUGCACCCGCGCCCCGCCCGCAGUGUGCCAAAGGAAAAAGUAUGCGACGAAUCUCCCAUUGAAUUAGAUGUGGAACCGAUAGCGCAGUGGCCGUUACAACGUCCUUCCGCUGCAGCCGAUCUGCUGGCUCCAUUACCCUCUUCGAAUCCUUUACUGCAAGUAGUGAGUUACCGGCGGCGCGCCGACCCCGGCAUGAGCGAGGAGGAGCGCUGGCUGUCGCAGGUGGAGAUCGUGACGCACGCGGGCCCGCACCGCCGCCUGUGGAUGGGCCCGCAGUUCGUCUUCAAGACCUACAACUGCAACGGGUCGAGCUCGUCGCUGUCGGAGGCGGAGGCGGUGGAGGUGGACGCGGGCGCGGCGCUGGGCGCGCGCUCCCCGCCCGUCAACAUGCCCGGCGUGCGGCCCGUCGUGCCCGUGCUCGUCGACUCGGGCUCCGCCAGUUCACUCGAGCACUCUCCUUCCGAUAGUUUCCGCCGCAAAUCUCUCUUGGCGGAGACGGGACGAGCGACGUCCGUGUGCGACGUUCAACUUAAGGAAGAUCUAGCAGAGGCUAUGAAGGAGGAUCACGGUAUGUAUAUGCUUUAUUCGUUUGCGCGCGGGGGGUCUCCGGAGGCGCGGCCGGGGGGCGGCGUGGAGCGCGCCGUGGCGCCGCAGGGCACGCUGGUGGCGCCGCCGCGGGCCGCGCGCGCGCCGCCGCUGGACGCGGACGCGCACACGCGCUGCAACGCGGACGAGGCGGCGUUCCGGCCCGUGCUGCGCGCGCCCGCGCCGCCCCCGCCCGCGCCGCCCCUGCACGCGCGCCCUCUGCCCGCCGCCACCACCAUCCCGGUGCAGACGGUGUCGCCGCGCGACCUGUCGCCCGAGGACGAACCGCUGCCGCUCAAUACGGAUGUCGUCAUCCCCGCGCAGCUGUCCGGCCCCGACUACGAGCAGCACCCGGACCCCUAUUCGGCGCCGGAGCCGAGUAUGUUUAGUUUAGGCGUUAAGGAAUUUGUAAAUAGAGAUCUUGAAAUCGGAGAAAAUGCGAAGCGUGAGAGUGAGUGUGAGCGCGCCUCGACGGCGGUCGAGAUUGAGAGAAUGGAUAGAUCGAAAUCACUGCCAAAAUCGAAUCGACCGUCGGAUGAUAUUCAGCCGGUGGCUCGACCUAGCGUUAAGAGAUCUCCCACCAACAAAUCAGUUAAAGAUAGUGCCGCUAGCGAAAUUAGUAUUAAGAGUAAAAAGUCAAGUAAUUUUAGAUCAGGUGAGAGUGUGUCAGGAGAUGCAGAUAUUAAUAUGCCUAAAAAGGAAAAAGAGCCUCCGAAACUUGACCAAUCUGUAGAAGUAUCAGUAUCGAAAGGUAUUAAAUCGCGUAAAGAUAAUAAAAAUUUAAAAAUAGUAGAUGAACCUAUUAAACCGAAUCCCAUUGCACUUGAGAAAAAUAAGGAACUCAUUGAACCAGACCCGAUUGCUCCCAAAAAAGAAAAGGAAUCUAUUAAACCAGUCACGAUUGCUUCCGAAAAGGAUAACGAACCUAUUAAACCAGUCACGAUUGCUCCCAAAAAGGAUAAGGAACCUAUUAACCCAGCCAUGAUGGUUCCUGAAAAGGAUAAGGAUGUUAUGAAACUAGUUACGAUUGCUCGCGAAAAGGAUAAGGAACCUAUUAAACCAGUCACGAUUGCUCGCGAAAAGGAUAAGGAACCUAUUAAACCAGUCACGAUUGCUCGCGAAAAGGAUAAGGAACCUAUUAAACCAGUCCCGAUUGCUCCCAAAAAGGAUAAAGAACCUAUUAACCCAGCCAUCAUGGCUCCUGAAAUAGAUAAAGAGCCUAUUAAACCAGUCACGAUUGCUCCUGAAAACGAUAAAGAACUUAUUAAACCAGUUACGAUUGCUCCCGAAAAGGAUAAGCCAACGUUUUCAGAAGAACCUAUGACCAACACUAAAGGAUUAUCAAAACCCGCCUUCGAUUCGACGACAAAUGACAUUAAAACAGAGGACCAAGCAUGGGAUCUGCUUUUAAGCGAACCUGAUAAGAUAGAAACUUCAAAUAAAGAUAUACCGCGCUUGUCAAGUGAAGGCAAAAUUGAAGAAGCAAAAGUAAAAUCGAAGAAAAAUCGUAAAACAAAAAAGACUGAUGAACAACAGGUUAAAGAAGGUGAAGACAGUUUUAUUGAGAUACAUGCAAUUGAAGAUAAGCAACAAUUAGUAAGCGAUGAUUUAGUUUCAAUUUCAGUUACCAUGGAAGGCGUUGAUUUCUCGUCUUAUUCAUCUACUAAGGCUAAAAAACAAAGAUCAUCUAAAAGUCGAACGCCUGAAAGGAAAGAUAACAAUGAAGAGAUUGUUAAACUAGCUGAAAAUAGAUAUGAGAAAGAUCCUGACAAGAAUAGCAAGAAAAGGGACACUGAACCCACUGAUGAAGUUAUGACUGAUAUUAAAUUAUUUUCCCAGUCAAUCACUAACAGUAAAGGAAAGGAGACGGGUAAGCAAUCUAAGCGUAGAGAAUUCUUAGUCCCCGAAACCAUACAAACUAAUUUUAUUAAUGAUCCGCAACCAAAUACUUCACUAUCCGAUUUUCCAAAACCAGUUAAAAGCAAAUCACCUUCGCCGAAACUUGAUUUACAUAAAAAAGACAAAUUUGAAAAAGAAGAAAAAGAAGUCUACGUCAUAAAUACAACUGAAGAUGAUUUUCCAGAAAUACAAAUAACUAGAGGCAGCAAACAUAGCAAGAGGUCACCUCAACUUCCAGAAAAGAAAAGUCACGAAACCGAAAAGAUCGAAAAGCACCAACCAGUAAAAUCUUGGAGUUCAGUUGCUGCUUCCAAAACAAAGAAGGUUGAAGAAUUCAAAGUUGAUAUAGAGAAAGAAGAAUUACAAGACGAGGCUGCGGUUCUGGAACGAAACAAGAAAACAGAAAUAUCCCUGCAAGAUAAGUUGAUAGAGCUCUGUAAACGAACAGAUAUUAUGGUAGCUGAAUGCGAUGCUCCAUCUGAACUAAAUUUCGUCGAAGAACAUCAUGCAGAUUCUCCUGAACUACCGCCCUUAGAACGUUUGGAUUUUGGCAUGGAUCAUUUUGAUCUUGAAGUGAUGCGAGAUAGUCUUCUAGAUGCUAACGAUCCGAAAAUGUCUAGCCCAAUUAGCAAAAUCAAUAUAGACGACAUUUUGUCUUCCAUCAAAGAAACCACGACCAAAGCAAUCGAGACGAGUUCCUUUAACCUAAUCGAUAUAGAGAGAGUUUCAACUAGAAAGGAGAAGGGUUUUAGCGUCAUUGAAAGUGAUAAAAUAACUUCACAAGAAGUUAAGCUGGAAGGGGACAAAGAUGAGUUGGAAAAAUCUUCCGACGAUGAUUUGGCUUCUCCAGUGCUAUCUACCGAUAGCGAUAAAGAGGAAAAGAAGACUUGUGAAACACCUAACGUUAAUAUACCUUCAACAAAACAAUCUAAGUCUAAGAAAGCGCGUAAAAAGAAAAAGUAAUACGAUACGUGUUCAUUACAUGAGCUUCAUUAUCGAUAUAGGCUAUGUUUAUUAGAGGAAUUUUCGCAGCUAUUACUGUUGUGAUUUAUAAUUAAGUAAAGCAAUUUUGACGUGAAUAAGCACAGAUAAAAUACAAAAAAAAAUCUACGUGAUUACUAAAUAUGUGGUUUACAUUUAUUGUACAUUAUGAAUUAGCCGUUUCAUGUAACCAAAUGAAUAAAAAAAAAAAAUAAUAAUAAUAAAAAUUGAAAAAAAAAAAACAGGAAAAAUUAAUAAAAAUCCUAUCGACUAGAUUUCUUGUCCAGAUGCGUUUAUUUAUAUUCUGUUAAGAAGAACAAUAAUGAUUUUUGUAAUAAUUUCGUCUUUUCAAGAAAUCGACUUAACUUCAGUUCAGUGUUCUUUUAGUACUUAUUUUAAUUAAUUUAUUUAGCUAAUUGUAGUCUUAGUGAAAUCUUAAUUUAAUGCGUUCGAUCGUGCAGUGCUCGCUAACACCAAGGCCAGUAAGAAAAUUUACCAUACCUCUGAAUCGGUGUUUGUAUCGAAUCUCUAUUAUAAUUCAAUAUCCACUUUCUUAUAUGUUCUCGAUACGUAUUUGUCUUUUAUUAUUUAUUAGUAUUUUUAUAAAUAUAUAAGGUUUUACUGAGGUUCUUAAAUACUGGUGGUGUAUAGGCAAAUUAUGGCAAAGCCUUAUAGGACCGAAAAAUAUUUACUUUGUGUUUUUAAUUUCCAUACCUUACAUAGAGUAUAAUUAACUAUUAAAAAUCGUAAAAACACAAAGCUGGUACAGUUAGUUGAAAUUUAAAUUUGAUUUCGAAUUCAUCAUUACGUGUAAGAAAACCGUUUAUGUCUCAACAUAAUAAUUCUAAUAGCGUCAAAACUGAUAACUGUUUAUGUACAUUGUUUUAUACAUGUCUAAUAGCCGCAGAUAUAAUCCGAAUGCAAUUAUUACUGAGAAACUGUUGCGCUCGCUGACGCCAUUAUAGCUGUUUACACCUUAUUAUAGAUAGUAAAAUUCAACAAUUAAAAAUACUUAACAACGGAGAUUAACGUAAGCAACGAAAUAAGGCGGUCUUAUUGAUAAAUAAAAACCUCUUUCAAGCGACGUCAUUUGAAUAGAUGUUCCAGUGUUGUAACACUUAAUAAAAUAUUAAAAUGCAAAAAUACAGAUAAGCAAUUGAGCAAAGGAAGUGAAUUAAAGACUUUCAAUUAACUUACAAGAAAAGGGCACGGUGUAGAAAAUGGACUUUGAGAUGAGACUUUGUGUAGAUAUAGUGCUUCAUUAGAGUGUUUACACUGUUUAAAGACGUAUUGAUCUACAACACACGGCCAUGUCCACGAUACAGCCACCCAAUUUUAAUUUUUAUCAUUUUCUUUCUCGUGUCCCUUCUCCUUGUUAAACCAUGGCAAGUGUAUAAGCCAGCUCUAGAUUUUAAUUUACAUUUUGCUUAGGAAAAUUUGAGCUUCAUAGAAGUCCAUAUAGUAACAAGUUUUCGGAGGCACAAUAAAUCCAACGUACAGGCAAUUUUUUUAUUAUCUACUCAGUAUUAUUUUGGAAUAUUGGGUUGAAAGUUCCAAACGACUAAGUCGGUUGUUAGGUAUUUAAUACCGUAUUAAUUUGCUGUCUAGAUGUACAAAUUUUAUUUUUGUGUAGUAGUACGCAACGAGUAUUAUUUAUUUGUGUUUUUAAACAUAUAUUUAAGGCUUAAUACUAUGUUGAAUCAUGACAAAUAUUUAUUUUUCUAUGUAAUUUUGUUGACAAUACAUAUGUACCUUGUUUAA